AGGGCCGCGCGGGGCGGGGCAGGACGCGGCACCAGAGUGACCGCCCGCGGCCCUGCCGCCGGCCCGGGCUGGACACACCAGCGGAGUGCGUCGCCACGAGCAGAGAUGCCGCCCAGGCCGUCCCUCAUCCACCAAGGCGCCGAGGGGUUCGACAUGGACCAUCAGGACCACCAGCCCCCCGCCGCCGAGGCGGGGCUGGCCGGCCCGUGGGGCAGGGCCUCCAGGGCGUGGGGUAGCGCCGAGUCGCUGCCCGGCGCGGCGAUACUCCCCGGCGCCGCGGGCCCGGGUCACCCGGGCGGGGCCGGCGAGAAGGACGACGUCGUCGGCGGCGGCGGCAGCAACAUCAGCGGCAGCAGGUCCGCGGGGACCGGCACCAUGGCGCUCCUGCGGUCGGCCUGGGACGGACACGUGCGCCAGGGCUCGCUGCGGCAGCCGCUCGCGCCGGCCGCGCUCCGCAGGUCCUUCUCGCGCUUCCGCGAGGCCAAGCCAGGAGCUGCUCACAAAACUCCGGAUACAAUGAGGAACACAUCUUUACUGAAAUGGGGGCAGAACAACAACUCCAAACAGACAGGGAACCGUAACUGGAUCCAUUCUCCAGACGCCUUACAAAGGGGUCACAUUGCUUAUCUUGUGAAGUUCAUGGGAAGUACUGAAGUAGAACAACCAAAAGGAAUUGAAGUGGUGAAAGAGGGUAUCCGAAAAUUGAAAUUUACUCAACAGUUGAGGAAAGCAGAAGGGAACAAAAUUCCUAAGGUGGAGUUGACCAUUAGUAUUGACGGAGUAGCUAUUCAGGAGCCUAAGACCAAACGUAUUAUGCAUCAAUAUCCUCUUCAUCGAAUUUCAUAUUGUGCAGACGACAAGGGAGAAAAGAAGUUUUUCUCCUUUAUUGCUAAAGAGGCUGAUGCAGAGAAGCAUGUGUGCUUUGUGUUUGUCAGUGAUAAGUUGGCUGAAGAUAUAACAUUAACUAUAGGUCAGGCUUUCGACCUAGCAUAUAGGCGUUUUUUGGAAACUUCAGGCAAAGAUCUAGAAGUUCAACGCAGACUCAUGGUUCUUACUCAAAGGGUUAAAAAAUUGGAAGCAGAGAAUGUUGUCUUGAGGCAACGGCUCACUGAUGUUUCUCAAAUCAAAGGAACGGCCGAUGUUGAUGAUUACAUGCAAAGGAACGGUAUUGUUGACCUUUUGUCUGUACCACACUUGUCAACUAGUAGUGCUGAUAGUUCCUCUGGCAAUACAUCCUCCUCAUUGUCGGAUUCCAGCGUGUGUGACACAUCCACCGUUUCUAAUGGUUCAGAUUUCAGUUCUAGCACUGGAAUGAACACAAGUUCAUCAAGAAGCAAUGGUGUUGGCCUACUUCUUAACUUCAGUUCAUCUCCUUCAACAAAUGGUUUGAACAGUAGUAACUCUUCAUCAUCACCCCCAGCUCGAAGUGGACUGCAGUCUCCUUUGAGCCAAGUGCCUCCAGCAAUUCCCCCUCGAUCGGGAGAGAACAAUUUCAUGAUGCCGAACCAAGCAGUACCUUCCUCUCCAUCGGUGGGAACCAAGUUGGAGGGACUUCUGCUUGAUGAGAUGGAUGAAGAUUUCAAUCCCCGGGCUGAGGAAUAUUCAGCACCUGUGGCAUCAUCUAACCCAACAUUGUCUUCCUCCACCGCAAACCAUUUUCCCGUGAGCAAUGGAGUUACACCUUCGGCAGCACCAUUAUUGGCACCUCCUCCCAGCAAGUCAGCUGUAAGGGGUCGUCCCCAACCAAGCAACACCAAUGGUACUAGUGGAAAUGCAAGCAAUGGCUUGUCUUCAGAUGUGUUUGGCUCAUCGCCAUUCUUUUCCAACACAAAUGGCAAAUCACCAGUUGGUGGAUCUUCAGAGGAUCCUUUUGGAAUGGGUGAAUUUUCAACAUCUGGGACCAAUGAUGCUUCACAACAUGACAUAGAGAGUGCAAUUGGAUAUCUCGACAAGAGGCUUUUGGAAAUGAAGGAUGGCUUCAGUCGAGGCUUAACCUUUGGCAAUGAAGAUUUUUCUUUGGAAAGUUUGGACCCCUUGCGUAACUAAAUGAUAUAGUGGUGUUUGCUCAUGUCUUCAGAAUAUGCGCCACAGAGUAUACUUGUGAUACCUAGAUUUGCAAUUAAAAUGAACCCUUUACGUGUAAAUUUCAAUUAGUUUUGUAUAUACCAAUUAAAUCGAGGGAUCUUGAUUUAAAAUGCUAGUUGUCGUAGUUACCUGCUUUUUAAGUGAGGAUUACUGUAAUUAACCCUAUUAAACCAAUUGAUAAUAUUAGCAUCUUAAAGGUCUUGUUUUCCCCUGUAAUAUUGUUCACACUAUAUGUAUCUAAGAGUCAGUGCUUGUGAUUACUUUCUUUAAAAAAAAAAGAACAACACUUUUUGCAUGAUCUUACUAUUAGAACAAUUACUUUGUUUCUCCAGCCCUUAUUUUUUUCUGUGAAAACUGAAUUGCCAUCAUGAAAUGUGGGUGGUCUUUACCCAGUGUGAGCAUUGAAAUUUUAUCUUAAGUUGUUGAUUUCUGUUUGUUUUAGUUAAUGGUUGAACAGUCUUGUACAUUAUUAAAAGUGUUCUAUGUAAGCUGGUAUUUUACCUUAUCAAUAGGUAAUUGCUCACGUUGAUACCAUCAAACUAUAUUAAUGUGCGCAGUCUUUUUUUAAAGAACUCUUGUUUUAUUAUAGGGUCAAUUUGAAAUGCCAAGUGAUAUCAUUUACAUCCUGUAUUGUGUUUUUAAAAUGUUGCUGUUCCAUUAUAUUUGUUGCUUUUUGUGAAUAAUAUCUUAGUUGUAUAUAGAAUUACAUUGUUGCUGAUUCAGUUAUUUGUAUGAAUUGAAUAAGAUCACACUUGAAACUGUU